AUGGUAUUAUUUCCAGCAUUCCCCGCCGGUAUACUGCAGCCACCCUUCUACGGAAACGGAAUUGAAGCAAUUAACUACGGAUCUAUUGGUGCCAUAAUGGGACAUGAGGUCACUCAUGGGUUUGAUGAUCAAGGUCGUCGCUACGACGAGGAGGGCAACCUGAAGCAAUGGUGGUCGGCGGCGACACUGGAGCACUACCACAGCAAGGUGCAGUGCAUCAUCGACCAGUACGGACGGUACCACAUGCCGCAACUACCCAACUACACCGUGCACGGGUUCAACACGCAGGGCGAGAACAUCGCGGACAACGGCGGGCUGCGCGCGGCACUGCGCGCGUACGGCCGCCUGCAGGCGCGCGCCUCCGCCGAGCGCCGCGCCGCGCUGCCCGCGCUGCCCCACUACUCGCCGCACCAACUCUUCUUCCUCGGCUUCGCACAGAUAUGGUGCGGCAACUCAACAGUAGGUGCUCUGAAAUCCAAAAUGGUGGAAGGCGUGCACAGUCCGAACAAGAUCCGAGUGAUCGGUACCCUGAGUAACUCCAAGGAGUUCGCGGAGGCCUGGAGCUGUCCCCUUGGGUCGCCGAUGAACCCGGAACACAAGUGCGUGCUGUGGUGACACUGUGAUUUAGCUAUAGGACUACCAAAGACUUCUAGAUUACCUAAAGUUACCGCCUUAGGGUUUACGUACAAGUUUUAUACUGCGAUGCACUCUUGAUAUUCAGCGAUGGAACUUUGUCUAAAUAAGUUAAGUAGUCAUUUGUUAACGUGAUCGUGCUGUGUGUCUGUGUGAUUAAUUUGAACUACGAUAUUACUGAUUGACUGUAGAUACUGGUAGAAAACAAAAGAUACAAACUUAUUUCAAAUAUAGAACGUUUUGUCUUCUUUAUUCAACUGACUUUGUAAAGAAAUAGACAAAACGUUCUAUAUUUUGUAGAAAUAGGUUUAAUGGUUUUGUUUAUGACUAUUAUUGUAGAUUAUGUAUUAGGGGCAAACUUUUACUCAUUGAAUGAGAAAGUACUGUGAAGCUGUUGACUAUCAGUUAAUGUUACCCAUAGAUUAAUUAUUUUUAAGAUAAGUAUUCUAGUUAGGUCUAAGUUAUGUGUUCUAAGUUUUAUGUUUUAAGGACAUUAAUACAUUACUUAACCAAACUUAAAAAAUAUUUUUACUUCUUUUUAAGAAGUUAAAAUGUAUUUUAAGUUAAACUAAUUAAAAUCCAAAUGAUAUUAUUUAAUUCAGUGACUAUUUUGAAUUCGUAACUAAUAUCAUUAUAUCACUUAAUAACUGGAGUGCAUCUAUUAACAUAGUGAACAAAAAUUAUUUAUUAUGAACAAAUUAAAAAGAAAUCGGUAUUAUCAUAAGGCUUUUAUUUUUCAUUUGAGUAUAUUUCCUUCAAUAUGACUACAUAAUCAGUUUUUAUAUGUGACAACCUAUUAGGGUUGUUUAUAUAGGUACUUACAUGAUUUUUGUCUGACUCUUAACACAAAUCAGACCUCAUAAUAUACCAUACUCUCUGAUAUUUAUUUGUACAGGAGAUCUCCAUACAUUUCCCAUUUGACUCUAAAAACUUUAACAAUUGAUGUAGUUUUAUAUGUCAAAAUAGGUGGCAAUUUUAUUUGUAAAUAAAUUCAUAAUUAUUUGUUUAAUAACACCAAUACAACAUCAUUCUAUAGCCAUUGCUGAUUGAUAUUGAUAUGUGUAUUAUCGCAUGAAGUAAGAUUACUUAGAUAAAAAACAACCCAGGAAAUAUGAUAACUUAGACAUUCAAAUGGGUCUCCUGACUUCCUAACAAUUUACCUAGUUUAGUAAACAAAAAAACUCAUUUUACUUUUUUCUCAUAUAUUGGAACUGAUAUACAGGAGCUGAACUCUUAGUACCAGGCUUUAACCUCUUUGGUUUCAUUAUCUUGACAUCCUGUAGGUGGCGUUUUAACUCCAUCUUCUGCUGUAUUACAGUCAACUCCUUCUCCCUCUCUAUUCUCUUUGACAGCUCACUGUAAAUCUUCUGUUUUUUCUUCUUCAUUGAUUCCAGUGCCUGAACAAAGAGAUUAAUAUUAU